UUCCAAACAAUGAGGGCUGUUACUGUCCUACUGGCUUCACAGGCAUAAUUUGUGAUACUGCUGUAACUGAAAUUCAACCAGAGAAAAUUGAAAGGCCAGUCAGUGUUGAGGUGGAUGUUUCUGAAGUGUUUAUCUCUGAUUAUGAUAACACAGAAACAGAAGGAUAUAAAAAUUUUGUUGAAGACUUCAAAAAUCAGAUGGAACCCUAUUAUAAUAAAACAAUUGCAUUCUUUGCACAUGUGGAAGUGAUAAAACUAAGUCAGGGUGCACUUAUAAGAAACAGAAGAAGAAUGAGAAGCUUGCCUGCGAAGGAAGAGAAACGAAGUGUGAAUGUUCGCCAUGAUGUUAUUCUUGAUGUUCCAAACAAUGACAAUAUCGAUGACGAAUACAAAUCUGCAUUUGAGAAGGUGAACGUGGCUCUUCAAGCCUUAGAAAAUGGCUCAGUUAACUUGAACAUCAGCAUUAUUAAUUUCAACGCAUCAGAGACCACACUUAAUGACGAUGUGUGUAAACGGGCAAUUGCAUUGCUUCCCGAGGCAUACAGGGAAUAUUAUGCAAAAUCUAUAUUGCCAGGCAAAGUGGCGUGUGUGAAUCAAUGCCAUCGAGGUCAUCCGAAACCAAAAAGGUGUUCAUACGACGGCACCUGUGAAGUUUCCAGCCAGGGUCCAUCCUGCUACUGCCGUCAUACUGAUGUUACCUGGUACUUGGGAGGGGAUUGCAGCUACAAAGUUAACAAAGUUGGAUUCUAUGCUGGAUUGGGAGUGGUGGCAGUUAUAGCCGUCAUAACUGUAGCAGUACUGACAGCUUAUCUAGUAAUAAACCAAAAGAAGGUUAAGAGGAGUAAAGACAUUAAGCAAGAGCUUGUGAAAGAGUGGUUGGAGGAUGACUUUGAGUGGCCACAACAAAAAAAGACAUACUCAGUUGGCAGAGCUCCACAUGAUAACCCAGCAUACUCUCAGGGGGACUUUUAUAGGAGGGACAGUAUGGGCAAGGACAGACAAGAUUUCUCUGCGGGUCGAUCGUACACUCAAUAUUCCACACCUGAACCAGGCAUUGAUCUUCAGUAUUUUCAUAGGAAUGUGAAAAUUGACAGGCCUCAGAUCCGCUCAUCUUUUGAUAUUUAACACUCUUUUUCAAAACACGAUCAAUUUUAUUAUGUUUUUGAACAUGUUUUGCACUUACAGUUAAAAUAAAACACUGGAAAUGGGAUGAAUAAAAGCAUGUAUAGCAUGUAUAAGAUUUGGUCUGUAAAGUUGAUCUUUCUCUAAAGAAUAAUCACAGCAUUUGAAAAAAAAAACGCAUUGGAUAUAUUUAUCUGUUUAUAUGCUACAAAUAAUCCAAUGCAUAUUUACCAUGCUUAUUUCUGUA